CCUCGCAUUGUCUCUCCUUCCUUAUCUCUCUGCCUCUGCCUCUGACUUUUAUCUCUCUCCCUAUAUUCAUUUCUCUCUCUCCAAAAGUGGCAAAACCCUAAAAAGCCGUUCAAAGUUCAAAACUUCAAACCCAUCUAAACAUUUUCAGUCUCAGAUUUGAUUUUCUGUGUUUUCAAGAAUUUCCAUAAAUGGAGACUAGAGACUUACUUCAUGCAUCUCUUGAUGGGCCACGUUUGGAUGCUGAGAAAAUGUUAGAAAUAGAGAGAAUUUGAACGGUGAAGCAAAUGCCGCCCGAGUCGGAUUUUAGGAUUUGUUUCCGUGGAUUUGAGAUCUUCAUUUCUUAGGACUAUGAACGAAGCAGAAUUAAUAGAUACUAACAUAUUUUCCGGAUUGUUUUCUUGCAUCUUCUCUGCCGCCAAACAAAGUUGUCAUGGAUGAUGACGCAUUGAACAUGCGCAAUUGGGGUAUGAGCCGUCCUUCAAAGGGCAUCUUGGUCUGCAGCUCAUGUCAAGCAUGGCAGAGCGUGGCACAACAUUUUCUUCGCGGUCGUGACCCCAAUAGCAUUAGCGUGUCGUUGGGCAAACCAGAGGGAAAAGUUUCUCAAUAUGUUGCCUGCUAAUCCUAAUUGUGCCGUUCUCCCAGAAAGUUCUGGAGCUCAAGCCUUACAGACUUCACAACCACCCGCUACGUCAAGAAAAGGCAUAGUGGCUAUGCCCCAAAAAUCACAAAAGCAAAAAUGCUUAGGAAACCAGUUCAGCGUGUGAAGCCAGCAAAAAAGAAUAUAGAUGUUGUCAUAAAUGGGAUUGAUAUGGACUUCUCUGGUAUUCCUACUUCUGUGAAAUCUUCGUAAUAGCAUAUAGAAUUAUUAAUUAUAUAUACAUUCAAUCUUUGGAAAGUCAAUAUUGGAACUGUUUUCUAUAAUGUGGACCCUACUUUUUUAACAAGCUUAAUUAUGUGUUUUUUAUAUUGUGUUUGGUUUCAUUGCUAUUUGAUAAUGUUAUUGAGUAAGCUAUUAAUUUUAUCUAUGAAAGUUAAUUUGAUUGUUUCAGAAAUAGGAAUAACAUGGUCUUUAGAUUAUUUAUUUUUCUGAUUAGAAGAAGUUACAGCUUGUUAUCUUUAUUUUUUUAUUUGGCAUCGGGUCCAGGAUUGGUGUCCCGACUAAUCCCGGGUAAAAGAUUAUUUAAGUUAUUAUAUCUAAUUGCAUCUGUUCCUAAAUUGAUUUUCAAUUGUUUUUGAGGUCUAUCUGCAGUUACUUGGGUUUCAAGCUCUAUUAGGUUUUGGGUAAUAGAUUAUCAUGGCGUCUUUGAAGGAGCUUCUGCCGCCUGUGAAGUCAACCACAGCUUUAUAUUAUGAUCAUUCAAAUGAUCCGUGGUUCAAGCAGAGAUUCACUUCCUCAGAGGCUGAAAAGUCCUCUUUCAUCAAGCAAAAUCCUGUGCCUCCUUACUUGAAGCGAGCAGGUUUUGUUCCUCGAAGAGUCAAGGAUUUCGGAGAUGGGGGUGCAUUUCCAGAGAUUCACUUAGCUCAGUACCCCCUUGACAUGGGUGGGCACAGAUCCUCAAAACCCGGAUCAAAGAUUCUUCCGGUUACCGUUGAUGCCCAUGGCAAUGUUGCCUAUGAUGCAAUUGUCAGGCAGAAUGAGAAUGCAAAGAAGAUUGUUUACUCCCAGCAUAAAGAUCUUAUCCCUAAGGUUCUGAAAAAUGACGGUGAAGAGCAAGAAGUUGAUGAGGAGGUUGAGAAAGAAAUUGAGGAGACAACACUAGAGACAAAAACUGCACUUGAAAAGAUUGUGAAUGUAAGAUUGAGUGCGGCCCAGCCAAAAAAUGUACCAAAACAGUCUUCUGAAACAAAGUUUAUCAAGUAUAAGCCAUCACAGCAAUCAGCAGCCUUCAACUCUGGGGCUAAGGAGAGGAUAAUAAGUAUGAUGUCGAUGCCUGUGGAUCCGCUAGAACCUCCUAAGUUCAAGCAUAAGCGUGUCCCAAAGGCUUCUGGGUCACCACCUGUGCCAGUGAUGCAUUCUCCUCCUCACCCUGUAACUGUGAAGGAUCAACAAGAUUGGAAGAUUCCACCUUGCAUUUCAAAUUGGAAGAACCCGAAAGGUUAUACAAUUCCUCUUGAUAAGCGUCUUGCAGCUGAUGGUAGAGGCCUUCAAGAUGUUCAGAUCAAUGAUAAUUUUGCAAAGCUUUCAGAGGCGCUUUAUGUUGCAGAGCAGAAGGCUCGAGAAGCUGUAGCCAUGAGAUCAAAGGUUCAGAAGGAGAUGAUGAUGAAGGAGAAGGAAAGAAAAGAACAAGAGCUGAGAGCACUGGCUCAAAAAGCACGUUCUGAGAGAACUGGUGUGGUACCCCCAGCAGCAAUUCUAAUCCCUUCUGAGAAGAGUGCCAUGGAUGGUUCUGAUUCGAGACUUGAUUAUCAGCACACAAGGGACAAAGAGAGGGAUAUCCCAAAGGAGACUAAGGAUGAAAGGGAAGAACGGCUGCGUCGUGAGAAAAUUCGUGAGGAGCGACGCCGAGAGAGGGAGAGGGAAAGAAGACUGGAAGCCAAGGAUGCUGCUGUGGGAAAGAAGAGCAAGAUUACCAGAGAUAGAGAUCGUGAUAUCAGUGAGAAGGUUGCUCUUGGUAUGGCUUCUACUGGAGCAGGAAGAGGAGGAGAAGUUAUGUAUGACCAGAGGCUGUUCAACCAGGAGAAAGGAAUGGACUCUGGAUUUGCCACUGAUGAUCGGUACAAUGUGUAUGAUAAGGGUUUAUUUACUGCUCAGCCAACACUGUCAACCCUAUACAGGCCAAAGAAAGAUGCCGAUGCUGAGAUGUAUGGAGGUGCUGAUGAGCAGUUGGAUAAUAUCAUGAAGACCGAUCGCUUCAAACCUGACAAGGGCUUUACAGGAGUGGCUGAAAAGGCCGGUACAAGAGAUGGGCCACUUGAGUUUGAGAAGGUGGCUGAAGAGGCUGAUCCGUUUGGACUGGAUCAGUUCUUGACAGAGGUGAAGAAGGGUAAGAAAGCUCUCGACAAAGUUGGCACUGGAGGAACGAUGAAAGCUGGUGCUGGCUCCUCAAUGCGAGAUGGGUAUGAAGGAGGUUCCAGUAGAACUCGAAUUGGGUUUGAAAGAGGCCGUUAAUGAGUUCUUUUUGCCUCUUUGUUUUCUCUUUUUCUUGUUUGGACUCCUAUGAGUCCUUACUGUUACCCUUCCUUCACAAUCACCUUAUAGUCGCCAAAACAAAUACUAGAGACUUGAAGAGGUCUGCGUGAAGAACAUGUAUUUCUGCAUGCUAAAUGCGCUGAACCAAUUUCCUUUUCAGUUGCUUGCUAAA